AAUUCAAUUGGAAAAUCCAUUAAGCAAUUGACAUGUGUUAAUUGAAAGUGAUUAAAUGGUCAUACAUUGCACUAAAAAGUUCUCUAUCUUGUAUUACUAAUCAAACGAGACUCAAAAUGUGAAGAGAGUCAUGCAAAAGUCAGUACUCGCUCGGUAGGCAAGAAACAUCACGAAAACCUACGUCAUGUGACAAAAAAAAAAAAAAAAAAAAGGAAAAUGUCCCUCAUUGGCAAGGUAAUUGGAAAUAAAGUUAUUUUAAGGGGAGGAACAUUGGCCAUCUUCUGCCUGUUGGAUAAGGUGACCAUCGUUUAUCCAGCAAGUCUAGAAUUUGUAGGAUCUCUAUCAAAUAGCUAUAUUAAUAGUUUUGCGUCCGAGAUUUACCUUGAAGGCUUCUCUAUGAAAAAGCACUCCCUUCUAAUGAUAGCAUCUGCAUAGAUUCAGGCGAUGGACACAGAUUAAUGUUGAUGAUCCAUUCCUUUGUGUGGAGCAUCCUAGUGAUCCAACAACUUUUAUAAUCUGUCCACAUAAGGUACUUAUUGAAGGACGACAUCAAUCGUUGCUCGCAAACUUGUUUUUUGAAUUAGGUAUUCAUUCUGGUGCUUCGAUAAACGAUCCUCAAGAUAACUGGAAACAAAUAGGAUAAAUGGAUGAGCUCUUCCCCAUCAUGUAGCGACGUGCCUAUCGAUGCAUAUUCUUCUGGAGAAAAUUAUGUAAAGAGGUCAUGAACUUUGAAAUACAGCAAAAUUACAUGCAAAAUUCAUACAAAUUCAGUUUUUAAGGGCUUAGCCCCCUCUUUAACUACAGGGAUUCAAAGUCAACUCAUUCAUUUAGAUUUCUGGAUACACCACCGGUGAUGACCAACCACCUAUCAAUAGUUCCGAACGAUAUAAAUAAUCAUCUCACCGUCUCCUUCGCAUGUGGACAAGUACUUGUAUGUGCCCAAUUUUUUUUAUUAGAUCUCUUGAUACAAUAUCCAUUUUCUCGACGUACUCAUAUUUUGAAGACUUUCUAACAUUGGGACAUUUUCUUUGGUUUGUGAUAGGACAACAAAGACCAGAAUAAUCACUUACGAAAAAAAGAUAAUCCCUCAAUUUGUACAACUUGAAAAUGACAUAUCUAAUUUUUGAUUAAUUGGACGUCAUUCUCAAAUCUCAAUACAAUUUUGAUUAGUUGAUGAUUUAACAUUUACAUCCAACGCAGCAAAAAAGAAUAGAUCCAAUCCAAUACGCAAUUCCCCAUAUUCAUUCACCAUAAUGAUUGGUUUAUAACAUUACAUUAAAAUAAAAACCCUCAUCAGUUACUCAUUUCAGGAUUCGGCAUCUUCCCACGCGCCUCCCCGCGCGUUAUUCUCAUCUCCAGCUAGAGUCCGCCUCUCAUUUCAUGCCUUCCCUUCUUCCCUUCCGCCGAGAGACUGACCGAAUCAAACUCUCUCUCUCCAUCUCUGGGACUUGUGCUUAGCUCUGUCACGCCAUCGCCAACUGAAAUGGCGCAUCUACCUCCUAAUGGCUGAUCAUCUCCCCUGCCCUCUCUCUUUUUAAAAUGCACCAUUAAUCAUACUCUCUUAUAUUAAUCCUCCACACACCAAACCGCCUUCUUUCUUCCCUUCUCUUUCCCCGUUGAGCCGAAGCACCCACCUCUCAAUUCUGGCAACCGGCGCACGAACCCAUCGAAGGAAAAAAUGGACAACAAAGAGCCGCUCCUCACGUUCGUUGCUCCGAGCCCAAGAGCCCGGCCGCCGCCGCCGCCCUGCCUCUGCCCUCUCCCGGAGAACGACGAAUUCUCCUUGCCCAUCCCCAUGACCCCUUCCGCGCUCAAGGACCGACUCAUUUUCGGCCCUUUCACGCCUUCCCCUAGGGCGUCUUCCUCCUUCGUCGACGCCCUCACUCUCUCCCCGAGCCCUCGUUACCCCGCCGCCGGUACAUCCGUCUUUUCUAACAACGACCGCAGCGGCGGCGGUGGGGGAGGCGGCGGGGGAGGGGUCGGAGGAGGAGGAGGAGGUUCAAUGGUUCCGGAUGCGCAGUCUUGGCUGAUUGAUCCCAAUUACAAGGUCCCCCACAAGAGCAAUCUACAUCGUUGCAAGACGGCUCCCGCCAUGGCGGCAAUCAACGAGAUUAGCCAUCACCCUGCCGAUCCCAGCCCUCAAUUGGGUCCCAGUUCCGUCGUGCGUCAGGGCUUUAUACUCCUGGUAGUCUAUUUAACAUUUGGUGUUUUGAUUUAUUGGGUUUUCCGCAAGGAUUUCACCGUUAGCGAGACCCACCCUGUGGUCGAUGCUCUGUAUUUCUGCAUUGUCACUAUGUGUACGAUUGGGUAUGGCGAUAUCACCCCGAACAGCACCGCCACCAAAUUGUUCUCGGUUCUUUUUGUGCUUGUGGGGUUUGGAUUCAUCGACAUUUUGCUUUCUGGGAUGGUUAGCUAUGUGCUCGAUUUGCAAGAGACUUAUCUGUUGAGGAAUGCUCAGAGGGUUGGGGGGAGGGAAACUGCGGGUAGAUACAUUAUUGAUGUGAAGAAGGGGAGAAUGAGGAUAAGAAUGAAGGUUGGGUUGGCUUUGGGCGUUGUGAUUAUCUGCAUUGGCAUUGGGGUUACUGUUAUGCAUUUCAUAGAGCGGCUUGGAUGGAUUGAUUCGUUGUACCUCUCCGUAAUGUCUGUCACCACAGUUGGGUAUGGAGACAGGGCUUUCAAGUCGAUGCAAGGUCGAAUCUUUGCCUCAAUUUGGUUGCUUGUGUCAACUUUGGCUGUGGCGAGGGCUUUCUUGUACUUGGCUGAGGCCCGAGUUGAUAAGAGGCAGAGGAGGAUGGCGAAAUGGGUUCUUGGUCAUGAUAUGACUGUCUCGGAGUUUCUGGCUGCUGAUAUUGAUCACAAUGGUUAUGUCAGCAAAUCAGAAUAUGUGAUAUACAAGCUGAAGGAGAUGGGGAAGGUAACAGAUAAAGAUGUUCUGCAGAUAUGCCAGAAUUUUGAUCGGAUAGACUCCGGGAACCUGGGGAAAAUUACCCUCAAUGAUCUGAUCACCGGUCAACCCUAAACAGCGCGAGGCAACCUACCCACGGUGCGAACGAAUCUCUGUCAACCCAUGGCACACAGGGAUCAGUCUCACAAAGAUCAUAUACAAUAGAGAACCAAGUUUUUGCUCUUGUCAACUUGCAUGGUCUCCUACAAGUGGUUUCUCCUUCUCCAACAGCAAGCGGGCAUUGGACAGCCAAAAACUCCAUUCCACAACAGUCUAUUUUACCUCAAUUUGCCAGACAGGAGAAAGCAAGCAAGUCAUGUUUUCAGUGAGAUGCAACUAAUAGGCUGCCUGCCAUGGCCCAAGAAAGGCAAGGAUGCUUCCCAAAUGCUUCAACUGAUGUGUAAAUGAAUGCCAAUGUUUUUGGUUGGCUAUGUGCAGUUAGUUGUCAAGGUAGGAUACACAGAUACCUAAGACCAUUAGGUAUAUGAUAGGGUAGUUGUUCUGGAGGGCGGGAGUUUUGGUCAAUAUAUGCAAAAUAUUCUUUGGUUGGUUUCCCAGCACAUGAGUGACAUAACAAUACCACGAGCAUUGAGGAAUGCGCUGGCCAAUUCAAAACUAACCAGUUUGUAGUACCUUAGACCAUUGUCCGAAGGAGAAGCAAUAUAGUGACUCAUUAUAGUUGUAGUAAUCGUGACAAUCCAGUGCAAAUUGGGUAUGAAAAAUAAUUAUUUAUUUAACAAAUUAUAUUUUUUGAA